AUGUCCUACUUCUUCUCCACCCCGGUCGACAUCGAUAUUGUGCUCGAGGACCUCGAUGACCGGUCAGCCGUAGAUGUCAAGCUGGACAAGAACCGCAAAGAAAAGGUGCCCCUCUAUCUCGAUGGCGAGUCGGUCAAGGGCCAGGUGACGGUACGGCCCAAGGAUGGCAAAAGACUCGAGCAUACGGGCAUCAAGGUCCAGUUCAUUGGCACAAUCGCGGGAGCUGAUGUCAGGCCGCACAACACAGAAAUGUUCUUUGAUCGCGGGAACCACUACGAAUUCCUCUCCCUCGGCCAGGAAUUAGCCGCCCCCGGCGAGCUCCAGCACCCGCAGACGUUCGACUUCAACUUCAAGAAUGUCGAGAAGCAAUACGAGUCGUACAAUGGCAUCAACGUAAAGCUGCGCUACUUUGUCCGCGUCACCGUGUCGCGGAGAAUGGCAGAUGUCGUACGAGAAAAAGACCUGUGGGUGUAUUCCUAUCGGAUACCGCCAGAGACAAACAGCUCGAUCAAGAUGGAUGUCGGUAUUGAGGACUGUCUACACAUUGAGUUUGAGUACUCCAAGUCGAAAUACCAUCUCAAAGACGUGAUUGUCGGCAGAAUCUACUUUCUGCUCGUCCGCUUAAAGAUCAAGCACAUGGAGCUGUCCAUCAUCCGGCGGGAGACAACCGGUGCGGCCCCGAACCAGUACAACGAGAGCGAGACGCUGGUGCGCUUUGAGAUUAUGGAUGGCUCGCCCUCGCGCGGAGAAACGAUACCCAUCAGGCUAUUCCUCGGCGGCUUCGACCUCACACCCACCUUCCGCGAAGUCAACAAGAAGUACUCGACUCGCUAUUACUUGAGUUUGGUUCUGAUUGAUGAAGAUGCUCGACGAUACUUCAAGCAGUCGGAGAUUGUGCUCUUCCGCCAGGCACCAGAGGGACUGACCCUUGCUCAAGAGCAGAACAAGCUGAUGGCUGUCUCGUGA